UCAAACUAUUCUGCUACAUUUGUGGGAUUUUCUUGAGCAUUUUCGCCAGCUUUCCGUGGUUGUCUAUUUGACCAGCAAGAUCUUCCCCCGGAAGCCGAUGAUGUACGGCGUAAUGCUGGGAGGAUGGACGCUCGGGUUCUACUUUGCUGUUCGACAACUUGCGACUGAUCUUUGUCAAGUACCAGGUGUACGUGUUCUGGUACGUCCUCGUGACCGGAUUCAUCAGCUUCGACGUGUGCUACCGGAUGGGUCCUCCAAAGAACCAGCGCAGCAAGGACCUCAUCAAGUGGCGCUUCCGACUGGCCGCGAUCGGCGCAAUCUUCUUCUCAUCCGCCUACCGAGAGGCCACCACCGGAUUCUGCAUCGCCCUCUUCAUCUGCUACUACUUCCCGCGAAUCCUCCUGACCAGAGUCAGCUCCCUUCACCGGCGUCGAUUCCCGCCCAAACGACGCCUUCUCACCGUCGAAGAGUUCAACGAUCAAGGUGCCCGCAAAACCAUCAAAGCCCUCGACGAACUGUGCGAUCGGCCACGAAUGGAAGCGUACAGGUAGCAGCAGCAGCUGAUGGUACAACGAGCUCCCGUAUCCACAGGACUAACCGGAAGUGACAAGGCAUUUGCUGUUGACCUUACCAGCCAGGGCGAUUACGACUUUGUAAUAAUGAUCACAGUUAACACUCCAAAAGUUUAUUUUUUAGUCCAUGCUGGCUUCAGAAAAUGACAGUUACAAAACA